AUGGGAUCAACCUCAUCCAUACAGUUCUGUAGAAGAAACAACAAAACUUUCCUCAGAAUCUUUAUGAUCUUGGUUCUAAGUUGUAUACCAGGUUUAACCAAUCUUUGUUCCAAUCCUUCUGUUACUACCCCAACAGAUUUACUUCCUUCAAACCCUUCAGAUACUCUUUCCUCAUUAGAUUCUCUCGACUUGGAGGGUUACAUCAGCUUCAAUGACGUCAACAAUGCGUCCAAGGACUUUGGCAACAGAUACCAGUUACCACCUCUGGCAAUUCUCCAUCCGAGAUCAGUUUCUGAUAUUUCAACAAUGAUGAGGCAUAUAGUAGGGUCCACAUCAAAUCUUACAGUAGCAGCAAGAGGGCAUGGCCACUCUCUUCAAGGACAAGCUUUAGCUCAUCAAGGUGUUGUCAUCAACAUGGAGUCACUUACAAGUCCUGGUAUGAAGAUUCACAAGGGGAAACAACCUUAUGUCGAUGUCUCAGGUGGUGAGUUAUGGAUUAAUAUUCUACGUGAGACUUUAAAUUACGGUCUUUCACCAAAGUCUUGGACAGACUAUCUUCAUUUGACUGUUGGAGGUACUCUAUCUAACGCUGGAAUCAGUGGUCAAGCGUUUAAGCAUGGACCCCAAAUCAACAACGUUUAUCAGCUAGAGAUUGUUACAGGGAAAGGAGAAGUAGUGACCUGUUCUGAGAAGAGAAAUUCUGAACUUUUCCACAGUGUUCUUGGUGGGCUUGGACAGUUUGGCAUUAUCACCCGGGCACGGAUCUCUCUUGGACCAGCACCGCAUAUGGUUAAAUGGAUCAGGGCCCUCUACUCAGACUUCUCUGCAUUUUCAAGGGACCAAGAACAUUUGAUUUCAAAGAAGAAUGCUUUUGACUACGUGGAAGGAUUUGUUAUAAUUAAUAGAACAGACAUCCUCAAGAACUGGAGAUCAUCAUUCACUCCCAACGAUUCUACAAAGGCAAACCAAUUCAAGUCAGAUGGAAAAACUCUGUAUUGCCUAGAAGUGGUAAAAUAUUUCAACUCAGAACAAGCUAACACUAUAAAUCAGGAAAUCAAGAAGUUACUUUCAGAGUUGAGUUACAUUCCAUCCACUUUGUUCUCAUCUGAAGUGCCAUAUAUUGAGUUUCUGGACCGCGUGCAUAAUGCUGAGACAAAACUAAGAGCUAAAGGGCGUAUCACGUGGUGUGGUCAGAUGCUUGUUAGAGGGGAGAUAAAUAGAGACAUCAUGUCUUAA